UCAGCAGUGUUUUUUGUCACUCAGUCGUCAUGGGACCAAUGUCAUAACUCCCCCUAGCCCCGCCAAGCUUGUUCACACACCCCUCCUGCCCGGCCAAUCUCCAAUCCCUCUCGUUUCAUCCACAAUCAUAAAUUUACUAUAAAAAACCCCAAAGAGUGUCAAAACGCUCAAAGACGGAUCCUGUCCGACAAGCGUAGGAAUGAUAUCAUACAACCGGGAAUGGAUGGACAAUCCGGUGGAGCACAUGCGCGAACCCCACAUUUCCCCACAUUAUCCCCGCUAGAGUUCCCGACGGAGAGAGUUGGUGCUCAUGUAACGAGACAAACUAAUCCAGAUUUGACGGUACCAGACCAUCUGGCUCUUGUGUGCCUCCACCAUUGCAUCGCGAAUCCGCGCUUGCGCACGGUGAUCAGCGCAGACGACUACCCGGCGCUCGGAGCCCCAACGUGUGUAGACGCGCAGACCGCGGUGUUCCCGCGCAUAGUCAAUGACGCCACGGUGACAAGCACGGUGAUUUGCAUGGCCAGAGAUGCCGUAGCCGUCAAAAGUGAUGACCAAUGAAAUGGAGCGGCCAGCAGACUUGGCGGACUCUAUAGCGGAUCCAACGGCACUUGCGACGGCAGUCGUCGACCACGUGUUCCGCAUGCCGUCCUGCAACUUCGGAUCCUCAACAACGUGGACAUUGGACGCGGGGAUCUUGUAACGGGAAGCGGCCUCUACGAUCUCUUUGGCGCGAAUAGCUCCUAAGCCGUCGGCAUUUCCGUUAGAAAGGCAUAGCAAAUGGACGCCUCCGUGCCGGCGUCGGCUAACAAAGUCUACUGUGGGCCCGAAGAACAUAGACUCGUCGUCAGGGUGUGCAAACACAAAAAGAACGUCAUGGUCGAGCAGCUGCUCAUGUCCCGGGGACGCCGCAUUGAGGGCGAAGGUAAUGCCGGCAAUGGAAACGGCGAUCGUAAUUAAGAGCCAGUUCAUGGUGGAAGCUGGAUGAUGCCAGUCUGCUCCAGUGGGGUUUUGAGGGAAACGUUUGAUGAGGCGCUGCGUGGGUGUUUUACAGUGAGUCGCAGUGAGAUGCAACGAGGUUUAAGGGAAUGCAAUGUGUUUUAAUGUGAUUUAGUGAGACUGAAUAACACAAUGCAGGUUUGCGCUAGUGGCCCCUGUUGAUCAUGAAUCUUAAUAUAAAUAAGGUUUCGCUUGUUUUGGCUGUCUCCCUUCCUCCUCUUGCCUUCAUUUCGUCUCCAGCACUCAUCUUCCUUCUGCCAUGUUCCGUUCGCCCAUUCUACAAACCAUCCGGCGUCUGUCGACGCAGACGCGUCAGGCCAUUGAGCAAGCCCUCAAGGAGGAUCCUGUGGUCCUCUUUAUGAAAGGAACACCCAGCAGACCAAUGUGUGGCUUCUCCCGUGCGGCUAUACAGGUCCUCUCUCUCGAAAACAUUGAUCCUCGCAAGCUUGCCACAUACGACGUCCUCGCUGACAACGAGCUCCGCCAGGGCAUAAAGGAGUUCAGCGACUGGCCCACGAUCCCCCAACUUUAUGUCCACGGAGAGUUUGUCGGCGGCACCGACCUGCUGCUCACUAUGCAUAAAUCGGGUGAAUUACGCAAAAUGUUCAAGGAGGCUGACGUCGUCGACGAAGCAUCUGAGGAAGCUGCCGAAGAAAACGGCAACGAGAAUUCCGCUGAGACUUCAAAUGCCGAGACCAAGUAGCAAAGGUUCGGCAAUUGGCAACCGUACAAAAUGUAAUGAAUGAAUGCGCAGGCAACUGGAGCUUGUACUAAAAGUGGAGUUAUAGAUUGGAUAAAUAAAGAUGUUUUGGUA